GAAGCUGAUUUAAUACUUUCUACAUUUUCCUUCCUAACAACAAAUGCAUAAGUAUAAUAAUCGCUAUCUUCUAAAAAAAAGUAUAAUCAUGAUCUUCAUGACCUUCCACUUUCACCUAUACAUUCUUUGAAUUAAUUUUAUUUUUUCUUCCAACAAGUGUUUGAGAGCAUAGGUGAAAUAAAUCCAAGAAACACACAAAGAUAGUUGAGUUUGGGUGAGGAUUGGUGCAAAUAAUGAAGCCACCAUUCUCACCCUCUUCCUCCAUUCUAAGAAGUAAAGGUCGUUUCUCUCCUUACCUUUUCACCCUUCUAAUUUUCAUUUUCUUUGUUGUUAUACUCUAUGGUGAAGAUUUCAUGUGCAUCUUUGGUCAACAACUCCAAAACUACUCUAACCAAGACAAACUCUUCUCCACAAAUGAAAAAGAGAGGGUGAAGAAGCAGAAGGUACCAUUUGCGGUGGGAAAAAGAGAGGAAGAGGAAGGGUGCGAUAUAUUCAGUGGAAGGUGGGUUUGGGACGAGUUGAGUCGGCCGUUAUAUGAGGAAUCGGAGUGUCCGUACAUACAACCACAGCUGACUUGUCAAAAACAUGGGAGGCCUGAUAAGGAUUACCAACAUUGGAGGUGGCAACCUCACGGUUGCGAUCUUCCCAAAUUUAAUGCAAGUUUGAUGCUUGAAACACUUCGUGGGAAGAGAAUGAUGUUUGUUGGAGACUCUCUCAACCGUGGUCAAUAUGUUUCUUUUGUAUGCCUUCUCCAUCACCUAAUUCCUGAAGAUGCAAAAUCUAUAGAAACUUUUGAUUCACUCACUGUAUUCACAGCUAAGGAAUACAAUGCAACAAUUGAGUUUUAUUGGGCACCUUUUCUUCUUGAAUCAAACUCGGACAAUGCUAUUGUUCAUAGGAUAUCUGAUAGGAUUGUAAGAAAAGGUUCAAUCAAUAAGCAUGGUCGAAAUUGGAAAGGUGUUGACAUUUUGGUAUUCAACACUUAUCUUUGGUGGAUGACUGGCUUGGAGAUGAAGAUUUUACUUGGAUCUUUUGAUGAUGAAGUAAAAGAGAUUGUCCAAGUUUCUACAGAAGAUGCUUAUCGUAUGGCUAUGAAAAGUAUGCUUAGAUGGGUGAGACUCAACAUGAAUCCAAAGAAAACUAGAGUCUUUUUCACUAGCAUGUCACCUUCUCAUGGAAAGAGUAUAGAUUGGGGAGGUGAACAAGGAGGAAAUUGUUACAAUGAAACAACUAUGAUUGAUGAUCCUACAUAUUGGGGUUCUGAUUCUAGAAAAAGUAUAAUGCGAGUUAUUGGUGAAGUGUUCAGCAAAACCAAAGUUCCUAUUACAUUUCUUAAUAUCACUCAACUUUCAAGUUACCGUAGAGAUGCACACACUUCAAUCUACAAGAAGCAAUGGAGUCCUUUAACUCCAGAACAAUUAGCUAACCCUGUAAGUUAUGCUGAUUGUGUUCAUUGGUGUUUACCUGGUCUUCAAGAUACUUGGAAUGAACUUUUGUUUGCUAAAUUGUUUUAUCCUUGAAAAAUGUUUCAAAUAUAUGAGAGAUUCUACUAUUUUUUUCUUAUGUUUUGGGUAUGACACGUUCAUUUGUAAAAGAAAAAAGUAAAGCAUAUCUGAAUUAACAUAUUAUCUGUUGCAAAAGAAUAUAUGCGACGAUAAAAAGGAAGAAUGAAAGAAAAGAAAGAGAAUUUGUGUGCAAUGAUAGCAUUGUUCAAGAAAAAAGAAGAAAUAUAUGAGAUAAUUUGAAUAUUUUUCCACUA